AAAAUGAAAAUGAAAAUGAAAGCAUUUCUAAUGAUGAAGCUACUACUACCACUACUAACAUCAUCUCUAAGUUUUCUUUAUCUUAUGAUAAAAAUUUAGAAAAUAAAGAUUCUUCAAGUAGUAGAAAUUAUAAUAAAAUUAAAAAAG